AUGGCGGCACAGGGAGCCACCUGGAGCUCUCCAUCCGAAGAGUCUCCCCCAUCGGUGUCGCUGCCAGAACGGCCGCCGCCCCCGCCCCCGCCCUCAACCGCGGUGUCCAAGUCGCCCCUGGGGUCGAAGGCGAGCUCCCCGAGCCCGCUGCUUCGCUGCACCUGCUCCGAGGACUCGCUGCCCCUCGCCGUGUUUUAUGGGCCGCUGGACGCUAAAAACCCACUCCUGGCCUCUUGCGAGAAGGAGAUCCGGGAGUUGUUAGGCUUUAUGAGGAAAAAGAAGGCUUUAGCGACUACGGACGAACAGAAACAUGAAUUCCACCGGCGCUGUGCCACCUCUUUGUUUAAUAUCUGGACCAAAUACGCCCCCAGGCUGCCAGCUGACUAUUACAACGCGAAGCUUCUGAAGGUUGGAGAUAGCCUUUGUCAAAUGAAAGAAUACAAACUGGCCCUUUUACAGUGCUAUGGACGAUAUCUUCAGCAGUUUAGUACCAAUUUUGAUGAGAAUAAAGUGGAUGUGAAUCAAUUCAAGACUGUCUUUUUUCCAAAAGGCUUUGGAGAUGAAACUGCUGGACUUACAUUUCAUGCUUUAAAUGGCAAAAAUAUGUGUGACUACCAGCUGGUCUGUGACAGUGAUGUAAACCUGCAGAAUAAAGAAUCUGUGACCCACUGUCUGCAUAUCUUGUCCUCCUUAAGGCUCAUCAUGCAGGUGGCUCUGCCACAGGAGCACCUUUGCUGGAUUAUCUACAAUGGUACCAUAUACAUUUACACCAUUUGCAGAAAAUUAAUGAUCAUAGGUCAGUCUUCCAAGGCCUUAGAAUAUCUCCUGUGGGCCAGCAUCUGUAUGGAAUCCUCGGUCCCGCUGCUGUCCGUCAGGUACCUGACAUGGAGAGCCACUCUUUACACGGCCGUUUGCCAGUGUUACUAUGACUGCCAAGCUGGGAUUCACGGAGAGGCAUUUGCUCGGCGUGCUUUGGCUAAAAUUGAAGAGUUAAGGCAACUGGAAUUAAUGAGCUCCUCACAAUCACUGGAAGAAUCCAUAAGAUAUUACAGAGAAGCCACAAUAAAGAUAGCGGUGAUGAUCUUCAAAAGAGGAAUAUUUGAAUCUAGAAGAAAAAGCAAAGCUUGGUUUAGACCCAAGAUAAGAGUUAACCUAAGGGAAGUACAAACUUUGCCAUGGCCACGUACCAUCACAGAACGGCUGCUGGAUGAGAUGUUUGAUAGCACUGCAUCCCGGUUUUUGGCUGUCUUGGAAGCUCUUUCUGAUUCAAAUAGGCGAAUACUGCAAACUGGACCUCUUGUUACAGAUGAAGUGGAGCUUCGCGAUGUUGUCUCAGAACUGUUUAUGGCAGGAAAAGAACUUGUAAUAAUUUCAAAUACUGGUACAAAUGGAAUGCUUGAUUUUCCAAAAACGCCUCUUCUGGAACUUAUGAUAGAAAGAAAAAAUGUUAUUUCUAUAGAUGCUGCUGUGAAAUUUAUAAAAUUAGCUUUUACUUACGAGGAAUGGAGUUUAUUUGGAUCUUUAGCUUGGCACCUUAUUUGUUUUCUCCAGAGUCAGGAUGAUCCAGAGUCAAAGAAGGCAGAGAAGGAUCUAACUCUUCUGAUUGCGAUAGAGCCAUUAAUCAACGUGAAGAAAAACAAAGGUUUGAUCUUUCCUUUGGAAAACUAUAAAGAAGGACAGUCAGAUCAAAUUUAUUUAAAAAAUAGUGCUUUUCAUGAUACUUGUGUGAGGACCUAUGGAUAUUCAGAAGAUAUUUUCCAUUUGGCAGCAACCUUGUCUGACUGUGUCUGCAAUUCUCCUCAGGAUGUUCAGCCUGAUAAAGAAAUCGUUGUGGACAUGAUAAUGUUCCUAUGGCAGAAAUGCAAAUUAGGAAUUCAGAAGAUCAAUGUAUACAGAAAUGACUAUGCAAAAUUAACCCAGAAAAUCAGUACUAACAAAUGGAUUUAUCUUCUGUGGCAGAUAAAUGAAGUAAUUCACUGCUAUAAGAUGGAAUACAUUGACAUUGUGGUGGUGGCAGAGGUCACAUUACGAUUAAGUGAAAUAUUGGAGUCUUUAGGAAGCCUAAGAAGAAAAUUAAAAACUUCUCUAGACAUACCUUUAAGACAAGAGACUGAUGAAUUCCCUGAGACUUCAAAAGAGAUCCCAGAAAUUCUUCCAAUAUUAGAGAAAAAACCUGUGGAACAAUUAUUUUUUGCUUAUGAACUUCUUGACAAAGCAAUUGGUGGAAUAAAUUUGAAUCGCAUGUUAUCUACUUUGCCAAAUGGAGCAUCAGUAAUUGACCACUGCUAUGUCAAGUGCACCCAUGAUAUAGAUGGAGAAACUUGCAAGCCAAUCACAGCAAAUAGUUUCAUGAUGGAUUUGCAUCUUGAAUUAAUUCAAGCUCAGCACCGAAUAGCCCUUGUGCUUCUGAACCAAUUGCAAGUUUUGCAGACUCCAACUGCUGACAAAAAUAUUUCUACCAAAGGUCCAGAAAAGUUAGAACAAUCUGGAAGCAUUGAUUGUUUCACAGAAUUAAGUAUAAUGAAUAAGAUAAAGAAGAAUAAACUAUCCAAAGCGAUUUACUUAAUGCAGAAAGCUCUUUUAAUAUUUGAGAAAGAUGCAACCUCCACAUCUUCAUGGAACUUUUUGUUGGAAGCGUAUUCUUUAAUUGAGAAAACUGAAGCAGAACAGAAUGCCCUAUAUUCAUAUCAGAAAUUUUUGGAAAGUUCAAAAACUCAAAAAAGCAGAAUCCCUCCUCCUCCUAUCCUGCUCUCCCGAACUCAUUGUUCUGUGACACUCAAACCUGCUCCGUUUAUUUCAGAUAUUAAGGUAUGCUGGUACUGCAUUUUGGGUUGCAAAGCAGAAGGAAGCUAUGGAAAAGUAAGGCUAAACAAUAAUCAUCUCCCAAAUUCUGGAGAAGCGAUACCAGCUGAUGGUAAAAGCAUUUUCGAAGUGAAAGGUUUAGAAACCAAUGAAAAAUACAUAUUUGCAAUUGCUGCUUAUUCUUCUAAUGGGAAGCUCAUUGGUGGUGCUAUUGGGGAGACAACUAAACCAAUUCUCGUUUAUCCACCUCUUUCUGCUGUUACAGCUCGGAUGUUCCUGACGCAGGUUGCCUACCAGGUUGGUAACUAUGAGUUGGCUAAGAAAGUUUUUUCACCAGUUUGGGAUUAUUUUGUUGCUUCACCACUUCAGGAUGAACAAGCUGUUAUUUGUUUAAGUAACAUUAUGACUAUUACGCAGAGAAGAUUACAUUCAGAUAUUUUGGCAGAGACUUCUUCAAUCCUUUUAUACCUUUUUCUUAGAAAUAUUUUUGUAACAAGUGACAUUAAAAUUAAAGAAGAAAAUCUUUUCUGUGAUAAUAUUAAAGGCAAUGAGAUUUUCUCCUCUCAACAAAUUGCUAGACUGAUUGAAUGUGAGAGAGUAUUAGUGGCAUUGGAACUUAGCAACUUCCUAAAUGAUUCCAGUUAUGCCCUUCAAGCUGUGACUCAAUGUUAUGGCCUCCUUGCUCCUAUAAUCUAUCACAAUAUUGCUUUGGUACCUGUUGUACAGAUCUUGAUAAAAUGUAUAGUGGUUUUGCAAGGACUACCGAGUACCGUCUACUCGAAGAAACAUAUUGCAAGUUUCCAAAGUAUACAGCACAUGAUAGCUUGUUGCAUUUUCUACGUAACAAAGAUUCUGCGUUCAUGGAAGGAAUAUGACCUGGCAGUAAUAAUUAUAAAUUAUGGAAAAAAGAUACUGGACGUCGCACCAGGGUGCAAGUCUCUAUUUGGUAGUAAUGGAGAAGAAGAAAUGCCAGAGGAGGGUUCUUCUAAGAAGUCUGUAAAAUCUAAGAAGCCACAGCAGAUACUUUUGCCUGAAAAAAUAAAUGAACAGCUGGCCUUGUUGGAGACACACCUACUCAAACUGACAAAGCAAUAUGUUACAACUGAACUCUCAGGAGCAGAGGACCCUAUAUUUCUCUACCCUAUAGUUUUAAAUUGGUCGGUCAAAGGUGCCAUGAAGGAAGUUAUGAAAUUUAAGCAGCAACCUAGAUUCCUGGAAUUUUUUACACAAGUUAUGCUAAAAUGUAUGAAUGAUGAAAGGUUUCAACUUAUGGUGGAGAUAACAGCUCCUGUCAGUGACUUCUUGAAAAGGAGGAAUGAAUCUCUACUUGGACUAAAAAAAAAGAAAUAUAAGGACAGUGUUUUGUGUAAAAAGGCAAGCAAACCUUUAAAGAAGUUCAAAGCUGCAGUAAUAGAGAUUGGAAGAACUGCAGAUAUGACAGCAAGAAGAAGAAGUAAAAAAAGGGAAACUCUAAGAGAUUUUUUUUCCAAAAAUCCAUCUAUUCUUGAAAUGGUGGAACAUGAAAGAAACAAGAGAGCUGAUGUUAGAAAAAUAGCAUUUCGAUGCCUGAUGGACCACUUGAAUCCUCUAAUAUUAGAUUAUGCUAAAAGAAAGAGGUUCCAUCAAAUAUUUCUUGAGGAGAUGCCCUGGAGAUCUCAAAUGAACCUCCAUCUGGCAAGUGCACACUUCAACCUGCUUUUACAAAAGCUGGGGGAGCAUUUGAAGAUGAAAUGUAGCGCUUCACAUUCGACAGUCAGUUUUCGAACAUUGGAUCCUAAUAUAUUUUCACUGCAUAACUCAGGAACAGUAUUACCGACAGCAAAAUUGACUGUAGAAAAUUAUAAAGCAAUGCUUGAUUUCCUUCUUACAGCUAAAAAAAGAAAGGCCAACUUACCAUCAGAUGCUGAAGAAUUUUCCGCAUUUGUUAAUUCCAGAACGAGUGAAGAAAAUAUGAUGAAGACACAAACAUUUUAUGAAUCAGACUCUGAAUCAGGGCUUAGUGCUAAAGAAAAGGAUCAAGCAGCAAAUACGGGUCUACUGGAUCAUUUUAUGAAAAUCUUUUUAUAUUGCAGGAGAGCAAUGGUUCUUGCUCAUCGUGGUGGCUACUGGACUCUGCUUCAGAACUGCUGUCGGGCCUUCUGGAACUUUACUCAGGAGCUACAAAUACUUCUUAAACAGGCACUGGAUCUUUAUAAAACAUUUCCUAUUAGUCAGGAUGGUUUCCUUUGUACCUCUGUUUUACCAUUCUAUUUGGGAGCAGAAUUACUUAUUGACAUGUUAAUACAACUACAAAAUACCAAUUCUAUUAAGUCUAUUGAAGACAAAGGAGAGUUCAGUGUUCCAAGCUGUUAUGGGAAUAUUAAAAAUGAUAAUGGUGGUUCCAGCCUUACUUUUGAGCAUCCUUUAGAUGAUGUAAAUGUGGUUGACUUAAAAUGGAUCCAUGACUUUGUAUUAAAAUCUCUGGAAGUUUUAUAUCAGGUGGAAAAAUGGGAAACACUAGUAUCGCUUGCCAUUCAGUUCAAUACGAUUUCACAUGAGAGGUAUACAGAACAAGUGACACCACUCCUGGUGUAUGCACAGCGCCAGCUUCUUCUGAGAAUACACAAGUACAAGGGCCCAGACAUUGCUCAACAACCUUGUGUGAGGUAUGAGGCUGAAUAUGGAGAGAAGAUAACCUGUCGAAAUUUCAUUGGGAAACAGCUUAAGAUUAGUUCUUCAACCAAUGAAGUUGAUGCAGAAGACUGCGCAGAUUUCCUAAAAAUGCUUAUCUAUUCAGAAUACAGCAGAGCCAAAGAGCUCGUCUGCGUGCCCGUGGAUGUGACUGACACUUUGAGAUGUUUUAGAGAGACCCUGGAAAAAUCCAAAUAUCAUAACAGAUCAGUCCGACACAGCAGAAAGCUGCUUUCAUUAUUUCUUGCACAGACACAAGGAGAUAAAGGAGGAGUAAACAAUUCAAGAUUCUCUUCUGGAAAGGUGGAAUUUUGCCUGGGGACAGAAGAGAUGCACAUGUCAACACCCCCUGACCUUUCUCAGGAGCACUUCAGAGUUUUUAGUUCAGUGGAGAAAAGCAAACUUCCCUUCUCACAACUUGGACUUGUAAUUUCUUCUUAUUACCAAACUAUUGACGUUCUCCAAGCCAGCAAUCAAAGAAGUCUUAAAGUUCAAGCAUUGCAUACUCUCGGAAGUCUUCUCAUCUUUGCGCAUAAGGAAAGGGCUGCUUUUAAGUGUUGGUGUCAAGCUCUUGAUGACAUAUUCAGAAAACCAGAUAUGCUCCAUACAUGGAAAGAGCUUGGCACCCCCCUCAGCGACACCACCAACAGCUAUUCACCUUCGGGUUCCAAAGACUACAGUGAGGAAUUUCUAUCAAAAGCUGGCAUUUGGGGGUGUUUGCAAGGAGCAGUCAUAUCAGCAAAGAUAGCACAAUUUAUUAAGAAAUUGAACGUUAGAAAGAGAACCAACUGCUGCAUUUUGUCUGCGUUACUCUUUCAGGGUUUGCUUAGAACCACACUUCCACAUCCCAAAGCUGAAUGUUGCUAUGCUCAGUAUGAAAUCACUCAGCUUCUCCCAGGCAUUGAACUCUUCUCAGAUAGAUCCAGGGCUGACAUCUGUUCUGUAGUUGCAAGUCUGUACUACGUUAUACGUGAACUGCACUUUGCGAAGCAAAAUCUAAUAAUUCUUCCUCUCCUUGCAUUGUACCAAUAUUUUGUUUCUGGAAUUUGCCAAGACCUAGUCAGAAGUCUAGAAGCAAGGAUCCUCAAGAUAGAAGUCCUUAUAGAUUUGGGAUUCUUUUCUGAAGCCUUUUAUGAGAUGUCCCAGAUUUUUUAUGGAAAAUACAUGCCUUGCUCAACACCCGCUGGCUAUAAAGCUGCUGGAAAAAUGAAGAUAUUUCAAUUAUUUGACUCAGGAAAACCUCUUAGCAGUAAAGAAAAUAUGCAGGCCCUCGAGGAAUUAUCAAGUAAAGGCUUCCCUCAAAUUCUGGUUACGGUUGGCCAACGGCAUCUCUUAAAUAAGUUUUGUUUUGUUAAAGCAUACUUUUUCAUAAGUGUGGCUGCCACAAUAAACUGUGUCCCAGAAAAUACGUCUAAAACAUUCUGCCAAGGAGUGACUACUGAGAAGAACAAACCAAAUCUCCCAACCUUGGAAGAGCUAUGUUCAAGGGAUGAUGGAGGCUCCUUUCCUCAACUUACAAAAGUUAAAGAUGAAUUCACUCUUAGCACACUAAAGUCAAUUUUACUGACGGAAGCUGAAGAGAGGCUGAACUGCCUUAUGACAGAGGUGGAGCUUGCAGGCCCCAAGAACCUGUCCCAGUGUUCUGCUGGCGAGUUGGAGACUGUGGUGGAGGCCAGGCUCCAGCUGGCUGCAAUUGCCCUGCAGAGACACCGGGCGGCAUACAGUGCUGCAAUGGUAUUUUCAACCCUGAAACUUCUCCAGGAUUCAGAACUUUUUAAAAAGAAAGAAGUACAAGAUGACACAGAGAAUCCCAUCCCUCCAGGAACUUCUGCCACUGAAAAUGAAGAUGAUAAUGAGUUUUUAGAUCCUGUUUCCUUAAAUUCCCGAGAAUAUUUCAACAUUCAUCUGUGGUUGAGGUGCCGCUUAGCAUUGGUGACUGCAUUUGUCGCACAGAUUCGUGGCAUUGGAAUUGUGAAAGAGAAUGAUAUGACAGAUUGUUUGAGCCUCAUUGACGAAGUGUGUAUGGAAGCAAAAAAUGCAGACAACAUGGAGCUACAUGCUGAAUUCUUGAUGCAAGCUGUAAUCCUUGGCUUGCAAGAAAAGCAUUUAAAGGCAGACAUCAUAAGAAAUCUUCAGGAUAUAAUACAUUUGCUUGAAGGAAAUGAAUUUAUUUCUUCUCGGUCUUGGUUAACCCUGGCAAGAAGCCUAGUUUUGCUGGAUGACUUAACAAAAGCUGAGAAAUUCAAGGCAUGUCCUCUAAAAACAGAAAAAUUACAUUUGUUGACUAAGGCUCACAACAUUCUUAUUAAACAGAUGAUAACUUUUGGAGAAACAAUUGAAUUUCCUGUAUCAAACACUGAAUAUGCAAAUCCAUCACUGUCUUUGAAAAAUAUCUAUCUUCCUCAUGUCAUGUUAUUGGCCAAAAUAAAAAUGAGAAUCGGGCAUACAAUGGCCAAGCAAAUAUAUUAUAACAAUAGAAAAAAGGAUCCUUCAAAGUGGUUACCUGCUCUUCAUCUUUUUGAAGUGGCAUUGAAACUGUGCAAGAUUACAGCAGUAGAGGAACAUGAAGUCGAAGCUGAAAUCUUUUUUCAGAAAGGCAAAAUAGAACGUCAAAUACUAAUGGAAGAGAAAUCUCCAAGUGUACCACUUGAUAGUUUGCUUGAAGCUAUACAACUAAGCUUAAGAAAUGAUCAAAACUCAGGGUUGAUAAGAGAUUCCUACCUAGAAAUGGCCUUAUUAUAUUUUUAUCUGAAGAAGCCAAAGGGAAAAACAUCAGCAUCAUCAUUAACACUUAAGCCUCCUCUCAGAAGAAAUAGUUCUGUUAAAGAAUCAACAGUAAAUAGAUCUGAAAUGUACAGUUUAUUGGCCUGGAUUGCGAUAAGAGCUGCUGCACAGGUCAGUGAAGCUGUGCUGGCAAUUAACCUACUUAUCGGAAAGAAGAAUGCUAGGACUGAUAAAGUUAACCAAGUGGAAUUACUGAAUAUCCCAGAAUUUGCCACUGUGGAUCUUUUGUCUUCAUAUACAGAUUAUUUGCUUGAUAACUACCAAGUUGUCUUCCAGACUGGCUGUACAUGUUUGUACCAAGAUAAUGACACGUGUGACAACACAGAUGCUAUAAAAAAGACAGAGACCAAAGUGGAUAUUACAUGGAUCCUUCUACUGCGUUACUAUAUUCACCUUCAAAGAAUUAAUAAUAUGAGCAAACUGCUGGCAUCUGCAACACCAGUAUCUGGAAUUUCUUUGCCAGAUGAUACACUUCUCACGUCACUUUACAACUCCGAGUUGAUUUUGCGCCAAAAGGAAAUGCAUUUUUUCCUUAAAAAAUUCUUACAGCUGUAUUCUUCUUCUUGUAUUGAUGAAUUUCCAAAACAACUUCUUCAAGGAUCUGAAAAUUCAUCUCUUUCAGAAAAAGUCAUAUAUGAAUCAUCAACCAAGUUAUGUCGAGAAAGUUCUCUACACUCCGUUUUAUCAUUAAGGCUCCUUGCUAGCCCACCUGGUGUGGACCUGAUAUCACCAAAUAUGGCAACACAAGCUUUAAACAAAGAACUGUGCUUUCAGUGGUACAUUCCUCCCCUGGACAGACCUCCAAAGGAAACAGAACCUAUGGUCUUAUUAUUGUAUGCGUAUAAUAUGAAGCCCCUGAAGAUUCUGGAUAUUACACAUUGCACUGGUAGCAAUAUAUAUGUCGGGUCUUUGUGGGUUCCUCUGGACAGGGUUAUCUCAAUUCAUGAGAAACUAUCUAAUCUUGCACAAAUAGCUGAAAUAUCGUUGCCAUCAAUUCCUGAAAUUACUUCAACUGAAAACACAUCUGAAAUAGAAGAAAUGGCAGAGAAUUCGAUUGAUAAAGAAAUGGAAAACAUGAUUAUUCAAUGUUGCUCUGAAAUAAAGGCUCUGUUUCUGUCUGACAGAGAGACAACACCGCUAUCUGAGGUCCCAUUUGCUAUCUCACUGCCAUCUCUAUUCAGUCUUGAGAGACUUUUUGAUCUUGCUAACGGUUGUAUCCUGCUGGGAGGAAGCCUUUUCAACUGGAUGGUGUCGAUGAUCACCUGGACAUCUCUUGCACGGUAA